UUAAAAGUGAUUAGUUGCGUGCGAUUCCAUACUAGAUCCGCUGUUGACAAGCGCGAGCGAGAGAGACUCCAAGGGCAGAUAUGCCGAGAAUCCUCUGUAGAGCCACCAUACUAUGUACUAGUAUCAAAGUACUCAAGUGGGGGCUCUCGGCUUUUGCCAUUUCACAAGCAACGAAUUUACGAUCCCCUCUCUGGCGAUUGCGCGUCCUGUCCUUGCGAGUGCAAAGUACCUGCAAGGGAAGGGCGCUGCUCGCUGUUCUCGGCGUCUGUGGACUGGCGGUGAUUCACUCAGCCCUCGGCGGAGAUAAUGAGGGGCCGUCAAAGAAGGGCUCGAAAGAAAUCCUGGCUCGGCUCUUAGUUUUCAAAGGGAAAUGAAGAGGAAAAAUUUUUCCCAUCUGCGGUGCAGGGCCCUUGGGCUGUAUGUAUGUAUGGUAAGCGGAUGAAUGC